AUGCCGCUCGGAUCAAGGCGACUCGCCCUUAUCCUUUUCGGCUUCGUGGCAUUGAUCGUCCUCUUUGGAAGGAGGGACUCGAGGGACGCUGUGGUGGGUUACGUCAACGACAAGGCUGGUCAGGUCGGACAAGCUGUGCAGCAUGCGCCAUGGAAGGCCAAGCCGGAUCAAGACAGCAAUCACGCUGUAGGCUUCCCCGUCAGCCCUUCUCCGCCAUCGACAACACCCGCCAAGGCCCCUGUCACGGGCACUAGCGCCGACAUCGUGCGUGAGAAGCCCGCGCUGCACCCGGAUCCCAGCAAGACGACCCGCUGCGAUGGCACAGGGCCUCGGCCCGUGGACCACAAAGGCCAGCCGAGGCCGCUGGUGCAGUACGCUCUCAUGAUCGAUGCGGGUAGUACCGGCAGUCGUAUACACGUGUACCGCUUCAACUACUGUUCGGACUCCCCGGAGCUAGAAGACGAGUACUUUGAGAUGCUUAAAGGUGGUCUCAGCAAUUACGGCACCAAUCCAGCUGCUGCUGCCGAUUCGCUGAGGCCGUUGCUCUCCUCAGCGCUGAAGCGCGUGCCGCACGCACUGCGAAAGUGCACGCCGGUUGCAGUCAAGGCCACUGCUGGUCUGCGUCUGCUGCCCGGCAAGCAGGCGGAGGACGUGAUCAAGGCGGUGCGACACAUGCUCGAACUCGAAUUCCCUUUCCCCAUCGCAGACGGCAAGAACGCCGACGGGUCGAAAAGCACCAAAGGUGUCGAAAUCAUGGACGGCAAGGACGAAGGGGUCUUUGCAUGGAUCACCGUCAACUAUCUGCUGAACCGAAUUGGCUCCUCGUCGGCUGACAAGCUCGAGACGGCUGCGGUGAUGGAUCUUGGUGGUGGCUCCACUCAGAUCGUAUUCCAACCGACCUUCCCCUCGGCGCUGCAAGGCAUGCAACCAGGCGAGCACGUCUACCAGCUCAACGCGUUUGGCACCAAACCCUACACGCUCUAUCAGAACUCCUACCUGGGAUAUGGACUGAUGCAGGCGCGAAUGUCGAUCAACUCGCUCGCCGCCUUCACGUACAGCCUUGCGCAUCCGAACGCCGUGCUCACCGGCUCGGCGCACGACGGAGCGCAAGGCUCCCUCGAAUGGUCCACGCUACGACCGGAAACCACACGCAUCCCUUCGCCCUGCUUCACGAACGGUCGCACCAAGGCGGUGCUCAUUUCGCAACCGGGUCAAAAGACGCACGCCAACGUGACGAUGAUCGGCACCGAUGGCGGCUUCCACGCGUGUCGACGGCUGGUUGAAGUCAUGAUGGACAAGGAUGCUGUAUGCACUUCGCGUCCGUGCUCAUUCGGCGGCGUCUACCAGCCUUCGCUGAUGGAGACGUUCAGAACGGCCCCGAUCAUGGCCCUGUCUUACUUCUACGAUCGACUCGAGCCGCUCGGCCUCGGACCCAAAUUCAAGAUCAAGGACCUGGAAGCGGUGGCGCAGCGUGCAUGCGCUUACACGAAGAGCGACACACAAGGCUUCGACGCCAAAGCGAUCGCCGAGCUGGAGGACAGGCCCGAGACGUGUCUGGAUCUCAGCUUCAUGCAUGGACUGCUCAGCCUGGGGUACGAGUUGGGUGGGGAGAGGGAGGUGAGCAUCGCCAAGAAGCUGGGAGGCACGGAGUUGGGUUGGUGUUUGGGUGCGCAGCUGGCCGUGUUGGAUGAAGAUGGGUUGCUGUGCAAGGCUUGA